AUGGAAAGCAGUGUUCCCAAUGGUAAAGAAGUUGACUGUGAAGAGUUGGCGAUUGACAUUCCACUAGCCCUCGAACCUGCUCAGUGGCCUGAGUGUUGUAUCUACAGGAUUCCUAAGAAACUUCGCGAGUUAAACAAAGAUGCUUACAUUCCUAAACUAGUUUCAAUAGGCCCAUUUCAUCACCGACGAGAAGAAAUGAGGAAUAUGGAAAUACAAAAAUUGAGAUAUUUGAGGGAAUUCUGUUAUCGGACUAGGAAAAAGCAUGAGGGACUUGCAAGCAUCAUUCAAGAUAACGAAGUAAAAAUUCGCCAUUGCUAUUCAGAGACCUUUGAACUCAGCAGUAAAGAGUUUGUAAACAUGAUUCUAUUGGAUGGUAUCUUUAUACUUGAGCUCUUCCUAAGGACACGUGAAAAAGAAAAUGAUUACAUAUCAAGUCAGCCAUGGCUGAGAGCUGGUAUAAUUCAUGACCUGAUAUUACUUGAGAAUCAACUUCCCUUUUUUGUUCUUCAGAAAUUAUAUAUAUUUGCCUUCAAUGAUUCUUCCAAUUGCAACCAUCGCGAAGAGGAUGCCCCGUUGGUCAAGCUUUCCCGCAAUUUCUUUACUUACUAUGAUCGGCAGCGAGAGUCCAUCAUUGGUGAGGAAGUAAACCAUUUCACAGAUUUGCUAAGACAUUUUUUAUGUCCACCAAACCUUCACCCUUCAGAACAUUUGGAUAAUCUGUAUUUUGCCACAAAGCUUGACGAGGCUGGAUUGAAAUUCAAACCAGUUGAAAAGAGACACUUACUUGAUAUAAAAUUCCCUGAGAAUAAGUGCUUGAAAUAUUGCCCCUGCUUCAAUUUGUCCUGGGUUUUGGCUUGCUUACCAUGCUUGAAAUGCUUUCCGUACUUGGAACGCAUGCAACGUGUCCUGGAAGUGCCACCCUUUGAGGUAGACGACGAUACAGAAGCUCUUAUGCGAAACCUCAUUGCAUUGGAGCAAUGUCAUUAUCCAUCUAAUGCUUAUAUUUGCAAUUAUGUUUUGCUAUUGGAUUAUCUUAUCGACACUAAAAAAGAUGUGGCUUUGCUUGUUGACAAAAAGGUCAUUGUCAACAAGCUUGGCAGCAACGCAACAGUGGCGAAUCUAAUUAACAAACUCGGCCAACACAUUGUGGAAGGCAAAUCCUGUUACUAUGAUCUCGGUCGGGAGCUUAACGACCACUAUGAUUACCCUUUGAACCAUAUCGUGGCAUCCCUGACAAGUACGUAUUUCCAUGAUUUUUGGAGAGGCACUGCAACUGUUAUUGGAAUAAUUGUCCUUGGUUUCACUUUCUGGAGUUUCCUUCGGCCUUUUGUCAUGAAGGAUUGA